AUGAGGCUUAUCGCAACGAUCCUCGUCGUUGCUUUCUCGAGCGCAGCGACGGGCCAGGAUUUCGGCGGUCAUGCGCUCUUCGUGAGAACUCCGGACGCGGAUUCCGCACGCACGAGAGUCCAGCGGGCUGCUGCCUCAGCAUCGCCGGCAGACGUGAUGGCGCAAAAUAUCCUAGAGUGGAUUCAGGGGAUCUACCAGCAGGGCACACGUAAAACUCGCCAGCAAUCGGACUCAAACGCAUAUCUGCCACCGUUCAGCACUCAACGACCGCCUGAGAAACCUCGGCCAUUCCAACCAGCCACGAGUCAACAACCGAGUUACUCAUCUCCUGUUCAGAGACCGUCGUCGCUCUAUACGCCACCAAACACCGGUUUCCCAACAUCCGGACAACCGACGUACCCCAGCCCGAGGCCGAGCUUUCCCAGCAGCCAACAACCUUCAUCAACAUACGUGCCGCAAGGCUUCAGCGGCUCCUCGUCUUACAAUCCGCGACCGAGCCAACCAUCAUACACUAAUACGGGCUCGUCGGCUUUUCCGCCGCUGAGCUCUCCAGAACCAUCAAGCACUUACCUUCCGCCGCAGCCGUCGUCUUUCCCGACAACCAGUCCAACACCAUUCGUCGGAUCGUCAUCCUUGGGCGAGUUUCCCGGCAGCGGCUUCCAAGCUUCCAGCGACGCCAGAAGCACUUCGGGUAGAGUUUUUAACACUAGUUCCGUUUUAUCAUUUGCAGCACCGGACUAUCCUUCGAAACGCUCAAAUUCCUUUGGACCAGGUGGCUAUCCUUCAGGACAGCCCACAGGUCCAGGUUUCUUUCCAGGUAGCGCCAGCAAUGGCUAUCCUAGUGCGGGUUACCCGAGUAGCGGAGGAGGUUCGACUUCAACCGGUGGCUAUCAAUCUUCCACUCCGUUCCCUCCUUUCACUACACCUGGUGGAACUCCUGGUGGAACUACUUCACCAGAAGGUCCUCGAACUGAAGCUAGUGGAACAGGCGAAACCACACAAACCGAAGACGAUCUCAAUCAUCCGCCGCAUAUUCAUAAUCUUGAUGUUAUGUGCAGUAAAACCAUGAUGACGAUUAAUAUUGAAUUUAAUCGCGCUUUUGACGGCGUUAUUUAUUCUAAGGGAUUCUACAUGAACCCGGAAUGCAGAUACGUAGAACAAAAUUCUGGCCAAACGCAAUACUCUUUCACUGUAAAUCUAGACUCAUGUGGAACUCAAUUCAUCAACGACUUUGAGGGUGAAGCUGGCCAAGCAUAUUUGGAAAAUGUCCUUGUAUUGCAGAACGAGCCGGGCAUACAAGAAGUCUGGGAUACAGUGCGAAGAGUACGCUGCCUUUGGGAAGGAAACAUCAAUAAAGCCUUAACAGUUAAUUUCUCAGUAGACAUGUUAAAUCAGGAAAUCGUUACCUUCAGCGGCGAUACGGCUACGGCCAAAUUGGAUAUUCAAAUCGGCAAAGGACCUUUCGCACCAGCAGCCGAUGGACUCGUAAAGAUCGGAGAGACAAUGACUUUAGUAGUCUCUGUGGAAGGCGAUCCCGGUUUCGAUCUGCAGGUACGCGAUUGUGUGGCGCGAGACGAGGACUCGACCAAUAUGCUGCAGCUCACAGACGAGAGAGGCUGUAUUUUGAAACCAAAGUUAUUCGGCGCUUUCCAAAAGACAAACGAUACAGGAAAUACAGGCGCAUCUAUUAUUGCUUAUGCGUUCUUCCAAGCUUUUAAAUUUCCCGACGUUAUGGAUCUAAUCAUCGAAUGUAAUAUCGAAUUGUGCAAAACGGAUUGCGAAGCUUGCCCGGAAGCAGAUCAGCAAAUCGAGCCAGGUAGACGUCGUCGAUCUGUGACGUAUGCACCACCUUCUAACACUUCAACGAGUUCAGUUUUGUUAUCGGAUCCGGUUCGAGUUGGACGUCGUUUCAAAGUGAUCAUGUUAGAUGAUUUAAGCACAGCAUCCAGCCAAAUUCUGGAAAGCAUGGAAGAAACGGCUGUCGAAGCAAUGACAAAGACUAACAAUGUGUGCAUGAGCAAUAGUAGCUUCUACACAACGUUCUCUUUCAUGCUGAGUACGCUCUUCUUUGCGACCAUUAGCGCAGCUGUGUUGUACAUAAAACUAGAACGGAUCCGUAGAACAAAAUCUAUGAACUCGUAG